AUGUUUGGUAAAAGUAUGUUCUGUUGCCAGGACAGCAGUGACUGUGAUGGUAUAGCUGGAGGCUGUAACGCUGUAGGCUGUGAUGGUAAAGCUGGAGGCUGUGAUGGUAAAGCUGGAGGCUGUGAUGGUAUAGCUGGAGGCUGUGAUGGUAAAGCUGGAGGCUGUGAUGAUAACGCUGGAGGCUUUAACGCUGGAGGCUAUGAUGGUAAAGCUGGAGGCUGUGAUGGUAAAGCUGGAGGCUGUGAUGAUAAAGCUGGAGGCUGUAACGCUGGAGGCUGUGAUGGUAAAGCUGGAGGCUGUAACGCUGGAGGCUGUGAUGGUAAAGCUGGAGGCUGUAACGCUGGAGGCUGUGAUGGUAAGGUUGGAGGCUGUGAUGGUAAAGCUGGAGGCUGUGAUGGUAACGCUGGAGGCUGUGAUGGUAAAAAUGGAGGCUGUGAUGGUAAAGUUGGAGGCUGUAACGCUGGAGGCUGUGACGGUAAAGUUGGAGGCUGUGAUGGUAAAGCUGGAGGCUGUGAUGGUAACGCUGGAGGCUGUGAUGGUAAAGUUGGAGGCUGUGAUGGUAAAGCUGGAGGCUGUGAUGGUAAAGUUGGAGGCUGUGAUGGUAAAGCUGGAGGCUGUGAUGGUAACGCUGGAGGCUGUGAUGGUAACGCUGGAGGCUGUGAUGGUAAAGUUGGAGGCUGUGAUGGUAAAGCUAGAGACUGUGAUGGUAAAGCUGGUGGCUGUGAUGGUAACGCUGGAGGCUGUGAUGGUAAAACUGGAGGCUGUGAUGGUAAAGCUGGAGGCUGUGAUGGUAAAGUUGGAGGCUGUGAUGGUAAAGCUGGAGGCUGUGAUGGUAACGCUGGAGGCUGUGAUGGUAAAGCUGGAGGCUGUGAUGGUAAUGUUGGAGGCUGUGAUGGUAAAGCUGGAGGCUGUGAUGGUAAAGUUGGAGGCUGUGAUGGUAACGCUGGAGGCUGUGAUGGUAAAGCUGGAGGCUGUGAUGGAUGGUAA